AUGGCUCAUCGCGAAAUUUUACCGGUCUAUCCGCUCUGGGGGAGGUACUUGAUAGAGUAUUGGUGGCAGCAUGUCAUGAUUGCUGUGAUUGUGGCGUGCGUCGCAGUCGGAGUCUCAUACAUCACUUGGUCGACCACGACGAAGAUCAUCAAAUAUUACAAGUCACGACCGACACCAGACAAAGUUCCCACCGAGGUUGUACAGCGCCUGCAACAACUGGCGACUCGAGAGCUGAAAUUGGCUCGCACCUCGGUCGCCGGGAAAAAACCAGCUAAAUUCGGAGUAUACCUGGGAAGCUUCAGCCAUCCAGUGACGUUGGCAGAAGAGAAACUCUUGAAUCAAUGGGAUGUGGUGAUUGUUGAUCCGUUUGAGAAGGGCGUCCGCGAUGCCACUCGAAGUGCGAAGAGAAGUCAAGUACUUGGACGAAUCGACAUAGGCAAGAUUCGCCUGCCCGGUCAACCGAUUAUGACUGUGGUUCAAAAAUUUGAGGAAGCACUGGAUCUUCAUUUCAGGGACAGCGGUUUCUCGGGAAUGGUCUUCGCCAACUGGGAAGACAACUUGACCCCAAACUUUUAUGCGAAAUUAUUUGAGGCAGUCCGUGAACUCGGACUGAACGUUUAUCUGGAGACGGAAGCUCCGAAGUUUCUGAAAAAUCGUAAGGCCCUGCAAAAUGAAAAUGUUUCCGGUCUGGUGAUCCGCAACGCCAGCAUCAUGCCUACUGGAGAGAAGCGUGAUUAUUUCCAAUUGGAACAAUUGCAGCCAACGAUCAAGGCCUUCGUCUCGGAGGCCUGUAUGAGAGAUUUUGUGGUUCUCGCAUGGGAAACCGUGGACAACGACGUUACCUUGUCCAAUGCCAUAGUGAGAAGAUCUAUUCUCUGGUGCGGUUUCUACAGUGCCAUCUCAUGGAUUGGCAGUGAAGCAUCUCUCUACCACUCCGAAUUGAAUGUUCCGACCACAGAACCUCUCCCGGCCUUUAGCUGGCUGAAGGAAGCGGACGUGAUGAAAGUCCACGAGAAGUGGCGAGCCAAUCGACAGAUCACAGCGUCGCCCACUGGUGGUGAUGGGUGGAAUGCGCUUCGAUCUCUCCUGCCGGCGAUUGACAAGUUCCUUGCCUCUGCACAGGCUUUGAGCCCGCCUCCCAGAAGCCCAUCUCUUCGACUUCGAGAACCCCCUGAGUGGGUAGCGCAGAUCAAGUCUUCCGUGCAUCCUCUCUCAGUAUCCAUGUCAGGACAGCCAUACAAGAAUAUGGGCUGUUUCCCCCUCGGCUCAGACCCUACGCCAUUGGCCUUUGCGGAAAUUCUUCAAUCUCAGCAAAGACUGAAAGGCUUGGAACUUCUCCAUCCUGUCCCCGCAACCAAGGUUCAGAGCAUCGGCCUUCUUAUCCGUCACUUCCACGAGCAUUUUACCCAGUCCUGUGAAGAUGCGUCCCUUCUGGCUGCUAUUCAGAAUCUGUCCGAAAUGGCAGCGAAUGGCUCACUGAAAGUGAAUCUCGCCCUGGAUUCUGGUCUCAAGAAGACCUCUGACACUCGCUUCUGGGCAGUUUUCGAGCAGGAUGACGACAAGUUUGAGAUCUUUGUCUCUAAAAACGCUCAUGGUCUCGCUGGAACUGUUCUUCACACCUUCCUUUCCGCCAAAGGCUUCUCUCGGCAUGUCAGUUGCGAAACCGAGGUGGCUUUGGCAAAGUGGUCGGACGACUUGGCUCCAUCUACUCAGCUUCCGCGUCGAUUUGUGCAAGACAUAGAUGGUCUCAGCCCGGAAGAGAGACUUCUUCUUUUGCAACACCUAUCACUCACCGAUGCGCAAAGUGAAGUAACAAAGACAAUUUGUGCCUAUAUCUACCAGCAGCUAGUGGAUGCGCCAUCUCUUGCACAGCUCAGAGAGCUCAAUUCUGUCGGUUACCUCGAGGGCUCUGCAAGCGCUGAAGAGCUGAUCGAAGAUCGACUAUCCUGGUACGAAGAGCAAGGCUGUGUGCGCCCCUCAUUCUCCGCAUCUCUAGAGCUUUUUCAUCAGGUUGACGUCGUCUUCACCGAGGUGCACAAGCACCACCGCGAGGAAGAGCUCAGUGCCAUCACCACCAGAUUCUGUAACAUGGUACAGGGCGGCAAUUUCGAUGCGUUUGUAGACAUGCUGGCUCUCGCGCUGUUUUGUACCGCGAGGAAGAACGCCUUUGAUGAGAUCUAUGCCGAAGUCACCGACCGAAAUCCGUUGUUCAACCAGCAUUCAGACCAAGCCGCCGCCUUUGCGGAGUCUUUCGCCCUGGGCUCCCGAUGUGAAGCCUAUUUUGGCGUCAACCCUAGUGUUUUCGGCAAGCUCUUGUCCGACCGUUUCCGGGCUUACUAUUCGAAGAAUCAACCACCCAGCUGGAUCAAUGGUGCUCCAGAGCUAGCGACUUCUUAUGCCGGAGCUCAGAUUGAUGUGAAUCCGGAUGACAAGGUCAAAGCCAUGCCAUCGUACCAAAGAUUCACCUUUCUCAGUGUAUUUGCCAUUCCGUCUCUGAUCGAUAUCAUUCUACUCACGCUCAUCGGCCGCGGGUUGUAUCUCUCGGCUUUCAUGACACACGCUGAACAAGACAGUGCGACCAUGGGUCUGAUGAUUUCCUUGCUCUUCUCUGGUGCGAUUGGCACCAUGAUUGCAUGUGGUGGACCGUACUAUCUUAUCUCGAUGGCCUUUGCUGCAGCCAAUAUGUUUGUUUUGAUCCGCUUGAUUGCAGGCAUUGCAUUCACAGUGGCGGGCGGCUUGAUUGGCUUCAUCGCGAUCUCGGGCGUUAGAGGCGCACGGGCAGGUAUUGUCUUCUACCUCUACCUCGUCGGAUUCACUUUGUACUUCUCCAUCUUUGCCGCGCUGGCGAGUUUCAGCUACCCUGGCUCGUCCUUCCUUUCCGGUCGCAAGGCUAUCAUCUGUUGUGUUCCGAUUCUCGUUUUAUCCCCAAUCAUUACCUACUUCACCGGCAGUGAUUCGGCAGUCUACCUGACCGUCAUCUACGUCUUCAAUGGUCUGCUACUUCUCGGUUUGCGCUCAACCACUUCUAAGUGGGUGACAUGGUACCAGUCUAUCAGACGCACAGAUGAUACCGAGGUUCGCAAAUGGUAUAUCUCUGUCCACGGCAAUAACAACGAGAAAGUCUUUGGUACUAUGAGUGAACCCGCUGCCCUCAAACUAGCGCGAGACGCUCUUCUGAACGACAUUAUGGCUGAACGAAACCGUCGCAUGUUCUCGAAGCCUACCACUGACAAGCUGGUAAAAGAGCUUGCACGGGAUUGGGAAUCAACCAACUUUUUGCUGGAUUGGUACUGUCGCUAUGCAGAUGUCCCACGACCCAUCCCUUUCAGCUCUGGGUGGAACAUCCAGACUAAGGUGGCGCUGGAUGUCCUUCGCAACUCGCAAAAAGGCCUUCGUCUCCACAACGCCUUCGUGCACUGGCGCCAAUCUAGCAAGGAGAUCGGAUGCGGUAUUCUUUACUUUGUCAUCGCCCUGCUUGACAAGUGGAUCGUAAUGCUCAGCGGUGAUCGCUUGCUCGGACUCAGUGCGCCUGUGAACGACGCAAACCGCAUGGCUGUCGGGUUCGCGCUUGCUUACUACCUUGUUGGCGCCGUACUCAUUGAUGUGAAGGCUCAAGAGCUUCAUUCUGCAAUCGGCGGUGACAAGCCUACCGCCAUCAAAUCGGCAAAGGAAAUUCGAGCUAUACAAAAGAAGUCCAUUGACUUCCGCCGGAAGGUGUACUGGAAAACUUUAUACAGAUACUUGUUGUGGCACGUGUGGAGCCUUGCGUUUUCCACGACGCUUGUCUGGGUAUUCCAAGUCCAAUGGGAAGCCAUGGCCGUCUUCUUUGCAUACGUUUUCGCAUACAGUGGUCUUAUCUGGUUCCAGUACACGAAGAUCUUUACUGGACCUCACGCUCUCAAACCUCUUCUCGUGGGAAUCCUCGUCGGCUUGCCUCUGGGAAUUGCAGUCAAAGUAACCCAGCCUACAUCGCUCUUUCCGCCGGUUCUUGGCCUUGGUGUAGCCACGUGGAUCAUCGCUAUCCUCACCCUCAUGAACGCCAAGAUGGGCAUGCCAAAGAAGGUUGACUCACCUGUCGACCUGGGCAAGACAUUCCAUGCCUUUACCACGCCUUGGGCCGACCCUGAAUGGUCCCAGCAGGAACUCCAGAGCUACUUCGAGAAUAUAUUACUCCUUCCUGCAGACUCUCGUUUCAAAGUCACUCCCAACGCUCACCCGGGUGUCGAGAUCAAGAACGUCCUCCUGUCUCGUAAGAAGGAGUUACGCGUUGAGGAGGCUUUCCCUAACUCGAACGCAAUCAUCGAUCAAGCUCUUGCCUCAUGGGAGAACGGUGAGAUCACUUUGGAGCUUGUGCCUCACGGAUCUAUGGGACCUGGCAUUCGCGCUUUGAGCUGUAGCACCGGCGAUCAUCUUACGGUAUCGAUCAGCGUGCGUGGUCUUCACGAUGAGCGACUCGAUAUAAGCGCAAACUGCCAGAUCAUCGCAGAGACCUUGAUCCACUCUGUCGCAGAGAUGAUCAUGGGUAUCCCUCACGAGUACGCGGCUUUGGCGGAAGUCAUCAUCUCAGGUGGCGUCACUCAUACACUCUCUCGUAUGCUGCGGGAAGAGGCAAAUGCUACUUCCGUCAUGACAUGGGCCAAGAAGGAGCUUCUCCGACAACUAUGCCUUGGCUUUGAGCCAGAUAUUCACUGGGACAAACUGCCUGCGGAAGUCAGAAAGGCCCUUUUGAAUCGCUGUGUUGGGAAGCCUUGCGCUUUGCAAGAGACUGAGCGACAAUGGCUGCAGAUGAGUCUUUGUCAGUUUGAUACAGAAUAUCUCGACGUUCAUGUCGCGAGAUGUAACCUCGGUGCAGCAAUGGCUGUCAGCAUCCUUGAGUACUCACACAAUGGAACUGGAGAGUCUGCCAUUCCCGCGGAACCUGAGACUGCAGAAUUCAUCUCAUAUGUUCCUCGGAAGUUGUCGCUGCCUUUGACCAUGCUUCGAUCGCCUUUGAGCUAUGUCUAUCACAAGAUCGCAAUUUUCAUCAAAUUCGCAAUGGCUGCGAUAAUUGCCGAUCCCGAGUUUCAGAGGGAAUUUGAUCAUGUCACAAAGACUCUGCCCACGGUUGUGCGUGUGCCGCUCACGUUCUUCUUCAACCUGAUUUGGGUCUACGGCAAGAUCACACAAGACAUCGCUCUGUCGUUCUUCCUGUUCCACGGCCGGAAGAACGUCAAGCAAUUAUGGGACGAAACCAAGGGAAUGACUAUUCAUCUCAAGAAGACCAGAGUCAUCAUCCGCGGUCUCGAUGGAACAUACACGGCCUUUAGACACCAAGAGACUGAUGGCGGCUUCAAAGUGUAUCAGUACGCAGGCGAACACAAGACGGAGCCAAAGGACAAGGAAGCAAGAACACUGAAAUACGUCAGCAGCUAUACCAGCGAAAUGUUGCUCCUCAUCAAGCAGGAGUUCAAGGAUGGGAAGCUCGUCAAUGAGUACCACUACGACUAUGAAGCCCCUAUCAAGAAGGGAAUCAGGAUUGGCAAGUCUACCAAGUCAAGAAUGCCACUCGGUCGACGUUGCGUCCAAGGCGAGAACCAUCUGCAGAGCAUCCAGUACAACCGGAAGGGCCUCGUCGAGAAGGGCUCGUAUAUGAAAGAUGGUAACUUGGUCCGUUUCCAAUACCACUAUCGAAAGAACCCACGUUUCGGAGAUGAGCUUCUUCGAGCCGAGUUUUCACUCUCCCACAUCACUUGCAACGUUGCCUGGUGCGCACCUCCUCGUCGCAACCGCAACAAGGAGCACCGUUGGAUCCCGCACACAAAGGUCACGGAAGCCACUUUCGUGCAGCAGGCGAGCGGCGAUGUGUAUGAGAGUCGCUGGCUCUAUGAUCACAAAUUCCACCCGACAAUCUUCACCACCGUCAAUGGAAUGAAGGUCCAGACCCCACCCAUGAUUGAGCACGAUUACCUGGGGGUGCUCGCCAAACCCGCUUAUACCAGUUUCGCUAGCGAUAACCCCUUCUUCUAUGUGGAUAGUCUCCGUUCCAAUGCUCUGACCAGAGCUCUGGGAUGGAACAAGAAGCGAUUCGAGGUUUCGACGUCUCGUUCUCGUUCACUGCUGUGGAAGGCUUGGAAAGAUCGAAAUGACCUGGAUGGUAUCAUUGUUCGCUGGAUGGAUGACCGAAUUCUGCGGAAGGAUGAAGUGCUUCGGCCGUACUGGCGAAGUCGUGACUGGGGAAAUCUCCGAGCGGCGAGAAAAUACAUGGAGCUUCGUGCCGACGCAGUCAUGGCAAGCGCGGAUCUGGACAACAACAUCUCGAGCUGGACACCACUUGCCGUCAAGAUCAGUGACUUUUUCAACUUUGGCCCUGGAGGCGACGCAGUCGUUACCACUCGCUCUAAGGAAAUCAGCUCGGAUACCGAAGACACUCUUCAUGUCAUGGCUGCAGACAACGGCACUUGGCCCAACGAGGGUGGUGGUGUUUCUGCCUGUCGACGAGAUAUGAUCAAUUCUCUCCGUACGAUCAAGUGGCACAUGAUUUGUGAAUCUGCCAAUGACUUUGGUGUCCCCAAGCAUCAGACUGAGAAGAACGUUCAGUCGCUGAAGGUUGUUCCUCUUUGGGGACUGGACUUCAUGACACCGACUCACGGCCUGUUCAGCAACAAAUUGGACGCCGAAGUUGAGAACGUCACAUCGGCCAGCGAAUUCGAUAUCAAAAUGAACUUCAUUCCGAUUCUGACCGCUCUGGUCAAGGGUGCUCGUGCCAAUUAUCUCUCAAAGGCCGAUAUCCAGCAAGCAACUCGUGCCUUGGUGAAUCUCAACACAUACUUCCAAGAGUCGCGUCACUGGUCGCAAGUCUGGAAUAGCGAAGUGGUCAAGCAAAGCUGGCGAGACCUUUGGCUCACCCAGGAGAUGCAGAAUGCUACCCCGUCUUCCGAAUGGUUAGAUACUGAGCUUCCAACGCUUGGUACGCUUGACGUUGCUCUGGAGCUUUGGUACCGCUAUCUGUUCAUCUUUUCGAUCCCUGUCCCAGACAAAAUUCCAGGUGUCUUCCAGGCGUCUCAUCACAGUGUCAGUGCAUCAUAUGGUGUCGUCUGUAAGAUCAAGCGCAAGUGUACCCUUCAGAUUUGGGAUCACGCCAUCGCGUGGCGUGAGACCAAUCUGUGUCUGUCUUCUGCUCUCUGCAAACUGUCGCCCUUCGUCCGAAAUGCUCUGCUUGGUCUCAUGCGUAUUACUUCCGCUCUCACUCUCCAUCAUGCGGAUAUUAUCCUGCCUUGUGCGGAUUUCUUCAACCCAGGCUGGGAAGUUGAAAUUGGUACCUGCCAGGGUACAAUCGAGCAUCGCAACACUUUCCGUCGCAAGGUCGAUCCUGUUGUCAACGGUAUCACUGAUAUGCAGAAAUUCGCUCCUGUCAAGGAGAUCAAGUCCGAGCGCCCAACUGUGACUAUGCUGUCUCACGUCUGGUACGCCAAGGAUAUCAAGAUCGCGCUUCUUGCUGCCGACAUCAUUAUUAACCAGUGGAAGUUCGACGACUACCAUCUCGACAUUUACGGUGCCAUUGACAAAGCCCCGACGUACUCGACCGAGUGUCAGGAAAUCAUCGCUUCCAAGGGUCUUCGAGGCCGUGUCACAUUACGAGGCACGGCAGACCCCAUGAAGGUGCUCGAGAAUACAUGGCUUUUCCUGAACUCUUCUCUUUCCGAAGGUCUUCCAUUGGCGCUCGGUGAAGCAGCGUUGACCGGAGCCCCUGUUGUCUGCACGGAUGUCGGUGCCUCGUUGCGAGUGCUCAGCGACCCCGAUGACUUCUCCCGGUUCAGUGCCGUCGUCGCACCCAACGACGCUCACGCUCUGGCAAAGGCUCAAAUCGGCCUUCUCGGUAUGCUGGGCGAGUGGAGCAAGUACAGCGACGACACCGAGCCUGCCCCUGUUUUAACAUCAGCACCCACCCGGGAAGAAGUUGAGGCGAUCACUCGUCGCAUGUACGCCAAGAGUGAGCAGCGACGGAAACUGGGAAUGAUGACCCGCAAGAUCGUGCAGAAGUCAUUCAGUGGUGAUCGCUACCUUCGAGAGCACGAACAGAUGCUCUGGAUCGGCAAGGCCGCCAAGAUGAUGGCCAGCCGCGCUGCCGGCGACCCUCUUGAGCCGUCUGACAUCACAGCGGCCGUGAACAACACCACCGUCGACGAACAAGUCAUCACAGUGCCCCGAAGCGCCGUCCACUCCUGGCGCUCAUCGGCAGCAUCCAACCUGUCUGAUGUAUACAGCUCCGUCUCCAACUUCCCUCUGCGAGACAUGCGCUCGCACUCGCGCGCUACAUCCAACAUGUCUGCCCUCAGUCUCAGCCAACUCUCCCUUUCGACCGAGACUGAGUCGUUCGCGCGUCUUCCCGUAUUCGCACCCCGCCAGACUCUGCUCCCCAAUCCCGAUCCCAGCGGCCGCCAAUCUCCGGGUCUUGUACCUCCGCAGAACUUCCGCGUCUCGUUCGGAGGUCAGCAGAGACCACAGUCUUAUGCUCGGUCUAUCUCGACAGCUGGCCGUGAGCAGGUGCGGGGAUUGCAUCGGGAAGAUCUGAUGCAGUACCGGAAUUCGGACGUCAGUCUGGUCAUGCGCGAAGAGUUCCUGCGAUCUAAUCCGACUUUGACCCGUUAG